GCGGCUCCCACGUGAUCCGCGCGGGUGCCCUCGGCCCUGCGAGUAGCUCCGGAUCCUCUCCCGGCGGCUCUUCCAGCGCGGGGCCGGCCGUGGGGGGGGUGGAGUCGGGCAGAGGUCGCCGGUCAGCGGGACUCCUCAGUUCCCCGAUCCCGGCGCUGAGUUCGGGGAAUGGCAGGAAAGCAGGUUUCCUCGGGAAGCAAGGGAGAAGCCGCCCGAAGCUGAGGGAAGCGAGUUUCCCUCGGGAAGUAAGGGAGAAGCUCUCUGAGAUUGAGGAAAGCGGGUUUCGUUGGGAAGCAAGGGAGAAGCCACCUGAGGCUGAGGAAGGCUUGUUUCCCUCGGGAACCAAGGGAGAGGCCGCCCGAGGCUGAGGAAAGUGGGUUUCGUUGGGAAGCAAAGGAGAAGCUCCCCGAGGCUGAGGAAACUGGGUUUCAUUCGGAAGCAAGGGAGAAGCCACCUGAGGCUGAGGAAAGCUUGUUUCCCUUGGAAAGCAAGGGAGAAGCUCUCCAAGGCUGAGGAAAGCGGGUUGCCUCGGGAAGCGAGGGAGAAUCCUCCCUCAUCGGAGGCAGGAUGCAGUUCUUUGGGCGGCUGGUGAACACCAUUAACAGCGUCACCCAGCUCUUCUCCAACCCGUACCGAGUGAAGGAGGUGCCGGCUGCGGAGUACGCGGCUCACACCUGCCUGCAGCAGGAGGGCAGGGUGGCCCUCUAUAAGAACAGCCUGGCUCGCUCCUGGGAUUGCGUGCUGGUCAACCCCCAGAGCCCACAGGUCGCAUUCCGGCUCUUCCAGCUCGACAAUGAAGCAGAAGCCUUGGUGCAUUUUGAGCAGUACGCCAGGCAGCUGCGCCCUUUCUAUGAGAGCUCGCAGCAGCCCUUGUCACUGGAGGAUCUGCAGCAGCUCAGUGACUGCUUCCGCAACCACCCCAGCUGGUCCCCGGCACAUGUUGCAGUGGAAAUCGGCCGUCGUGAGAACUUCCGGCACAACCACGUUGUAAGCUGUGUGAACAGCACGGACAGCGAGGAUGGCUGCACCCCGCUGCACCUGGCAUGCCGCAAGGGAGACAUGGAGUGUCUGCUCGAGCUGCUGGAGUGCCACGCGCGGGUGGACAUUACAGACAGGAACGGGGAGACUGUUUUCCACUAUGCUGUGCGAGGGAAUAACCCCCAGAUCAUCGAGCUCCUGGGCAGAAGCCCAACGGCUGGCUUGGACCACCUGAACCAUGAAGGGCUGACUGCUCUGCAUCUUGCUUGUCAGCUGGGCAAAGAGGACAUGGUUCGAUCUUUGCUGAAAUGCCAUGCCAGCUGCAGCACUGUGGGGCCUCUGGGCUACCCCAUCCACACAGCGAUGAAGUUCUCCCAGAAGGGGUGUGCCCAGGCCAUCCUUGAGGUGGAUGCCAGCCAAGUGCACUCCAAGGACCUGCGCUAUGAUGCCAUUCCGCUGCAUUGGGCAAAGAAGGCAGAGAUGACACGGCUGCUGCUUGAGUACGGCUCACAGGUGAAUUUGACCAGCCGGACGGCUGAUAUGGCCUUGCACAUCGCUGUCAAAAGGGGACGCUUUGACUGUGCCAUGGUGCUGCUGACACACGGAGCCAACACCAACGCCAGGGGUCAGGAUGGCAACACACCGCUGCACCUGGCCAUGAAGCAUGACCACCUGGAUAUGAUCAAAGCGAUUGUAGUGUUUGGAGGAGACGUUGAGAUCCCCAAUGAUUUCGGGGAGACGCCGGGGCUGUUGGCAGCCAGGAGCAGCAAAGGUGCGAACCGGAAAGUGCUCUUAGACCUGCUGCAAACUGUAGGGACCGAACGCUGCCAUCCACCCAAUCCUGACUCCCCAAGCCUGGCACCAUCUGCCACCUCCUCCUUCCUGGAAGGCCAACCUUCCUCGCGGAGCACCUUCAACAGCUUAGAGUACAAGGACCUUUUGUAUGUUUCUGCAACACUUGGGCAGUUGUUGAAGGCACCAGAUGUUGUAGAUAUGCCUGGUGAGGGAAGAAGAAAGUUUUGCCAGAAACUAGCUCCAGUUCCUGUGUGCAGCCCCAGAGCUGCAGUGGAGCCCGAGUUCAGCAGCCACGACUGCCUCCUGUGCCUGGAUGGAGGGGGCAUCCGGGGCCUGGUGCUCAUCCAGCUCCUGCUAGCUAUUGAAAAGGCUGCAGGCCGUCCCAUUCGAGAGAUUUUUGACUGGAUCGCAGGAACCAGCACUGGGGGGAUCUUGGCCUUGGCUAUCGUACACGGGAAGUCCAUGGACUACAUGCGCUGCCUGUACUUCCGCAUGAAGGACAUGGUGUUCCGGGGGUCUCGGCCCUACGAGUCGGAGCCCCUGGAUGAGUUCUUGAAGAAGGAAUUUGGGGAAAACACCAAAAUGACAGAUGUUCAAAAACCCAAGGUUAUGGUGACAGGGACAUUGUGUGACCGACAGCCAGCUGAGCUCCACCUUUUCCGGAAUUACCCCGUACCAGAGACAAAAACCUCCACGGAAUACAAGACAAGUGCAUCUUUCAAACCACUCACUCAACCAGAAGACCAACUUGUAUGGCGUGCUGCUCGCUGCAGCGGUGCGGCUCCCACUUAUUUCCGGCCAAUAGGGCGCUUUCUGGAUGGUGGGCUGCUAGCCAACAACCCAACCCUCGAUGCCAUGGCGGAGAUCCAUGAAUACAACAAGACGCUGAUCAAGAAGGGUCAGAGGCAGAAAGUAAGAAAAUUGGGCUUGGUGGUAUCCUUGGGGACAGGGAAGCCUCCUCAAGUCCCAGUGAGCUCUGUGGAUGUUUUCCGCCCCUCCAACCCUUGGGAGCUGGCGAAGACAGUCUUUGGAGCCAGGGAGCUCGGCAAGAUGGUGGUGGAUUGUUGCACUGACGCAGAUGGCCCGGCUGUGGAUCGUGCCAGGGCCUGGUGCGAGAUGACGGAUAUCCCAUAUUUCCGGCUCAGCCCUCAGCUGCAUACGGAGGUGAUGUUGGAUGAGGUGAAUGACACCGUGCUGGUGAAUGCUCUCUGGGACACCCAGCUUUACAUCUACCAGCAUCGGGAGCAGUUUCAGCAGUUGGUGCAACAUCUCUGCCAGUGACUGACCUGGAGGUUCCUAUUCAGCGUCUUCAUGGCAAGGAGCAGCAGACACUGAAAUGGCUCAGAUUUGCCCCUGAACCAAGAUGUUGAGGUGGGGGAGGGACUACUACGACUACUAAUAAGGAAUUAAUAAUAUUUAAUAGACAACAGUGCACAUACAUGUGUUCCUGGACAGCUGUGAAAUGCUGACCAGUUGCCUUUGCACUGUAGCCCCAUCUCUGCUGCUGUGCUUGGUUUUGCUGCCCUGCUCUAUGACACUACAACCCUUCCCAGAAGCCAGAGCCCCCACCUGCCUGUCUGGAGACUGUCUCCUGUCUGUGCAGCACCUCCACUGACAAAGCACUGUGCACCUUCCCACAUCACAGAAUGGGCCAAGGCCAGAGGAAGCUUCAAGGAUUACCUGGCCCACAGGGGCCAAGGUGUUUCAGAGCAUAUAGUAUAGGGAAAAGGGAUUAUUCUUCCCUCCACAUGCCUGGUUUGAAGGGGAGAAGAAAUGCUGCAACUUUCCACAGUGUAUGUGACAACUGGCCUUGGGAGAAGGGGGAACCUUUCUGAGCCUGUUGUCUUCUGUAGCGCCUUCCUUUUCCUCUCCAAGAUGGGCUGGCAACACAGAUGCUGACUGUGCCCAGGGUGGGAGCUGACACUCCCAGGGACUCUUUUCUGCCACCUGUCUUGCUGUGCUACUCUGCUCAAGGGCUGAGGUGUGAAAGCCUGUCUUUACUCACAACAAACUCAAGUUGGGGGAAAGUAGCCUUGGCUUGGUAGAGAUUGUUUCUCUUUAUUUUUAAUGUGUAAUUGAAAUGCUCCGAGAUCAGUUCCCACCAAAGAAGCUGACCCUGUGACAACUUGGAUUUACUGUUUUUACUGCUGGAAAACCCUUUGUGGCUGCUGUGUUGCUCAAUGUUUCUGCAGUAAAUUUUGCCUAUUUAUAAUUUAUGUAUCUAUUCAGAGGAGUACCCUGAAAAACUGAAUUCUUAAUCAUUUGGUUUUGACUGGAUAGACUGCUGUUGUGAACAGUGCUUCUAUGCAGAACUGACAUGACCUGAAAUAAAGAGAGGAUUGUUCCACUGUCAUGCAGUCCAUGG